CCAGGAGGCUGGUAGUAUCUGUCAGCUGUUUGCACACUGUUUCCCCAUAGGGGAUCUAUUACAAGUGCUCAAAUGAACCGGCAGCUUAGAAACUAGCGGCUUCCUGGAGCUGCAAUUAUAUAAGCAUAUACUUUGGGUAUACUAGUAAUUAAAAAACAAGUCGCAGCGGUAUGCCUGGAUCAGCUACAGCUCUCCGACAAGAGAGACUGAAGAAGACCCAUGCAAGGCCAGUCCCGCUUGGUCUAUUCACCAUUAAUGAGGAAGAUGAGCAGCAGAAGAAUGGACAUUCCAGAAGACCAAAAGCGCCUGAUGGCAACAAGGUACAAGAUAAGAAAACCGCUGCCUCCCACCGGCCCUCCACUACUAUUUCAGGACAAAACAGCAACCAGUCAGGAAAUAAGCCAGACCCGCCACCUGUGCUGCGUGUUGAUGACCGGCAGAGGCUUGCGAGGGAGCGGCGUGAGGAGCGGGAGAAGCAGCUAGCUGCAAGAGAGAUCGUCUGGUUAGAAAGGGAAGAGCGGGCCCGGCAGCACUAUGAGAAGCACCUGGAGGAGCGGAAGAAGAAGCUGGAAGAACAGAGGCUGAGGGACGAGCGGAGGCGGGCUGCCGUGGAGGAGAAGCGGCGGCAGAGACUCGAGGAGGACAAGGAGCGUCAUGAAGCCGUCGUGCGACGUACAAUGGAGAGGAGCCAGAAGCCAAAACAGAAACAAAACCGGUGGUCAUGGGGAGGUGCUCUCCACGGGAGCCCAAACAUCCACAGCACAGAUCCAGACAGGCGGUCAGUUUCCACCAUGAAUCUUUCGAAACAUGUUGAUCCCGUCAUUAGCAAGCGGCUCUCCUCUUCAUCUGCAACUUUACUAAAUUCUCCAGAUAGAGCUCGCCGCCUGCAGCUCAGCCCGUGGGAGAGCAGCGUGGUUAACAGACUGCUGACGCCCACACACGCGUUCCUGGCCAGGAGUAAAAGCGCAGCUGCCUUGUCUGGAGAUGCAGUUAUCCCCAUUUGUCCUCGUUCAGCAUCUUGCAGCCCCAUCAACAUCACGCCCUACAGAGCCGCACACUCUAGAAACCCACUGGAGCGACCAAAAUUCUUUGUAACACCACCCGAGGGCUCCGCGAGAAGGAGGACUGUUCACAGCACAGCGGGCUAUAAAAGAGAGAGGGAGAGAGAGAAUGUACCCUUCCACCUCACAUCCGGCAGCCAAAGGUCUCUGUCUCCAUCUCAUCCCAAAGCCAGAUCAUCAGCUUCCUCCCGACUUUGGCUCCCAUCCAAGUCCUUUCCCCAUCUGCCCGGCACCCCCAGACCAGCACCCUCCACGCCUCCUGGACCAGUCAAAGCUGCCCCUGCUCAGGUCCGGCCCCCCUCCCCCGGCAACAUCCGCCCUGUCAAGAGAGAAGUCAGAGUGGAACCUGAGAGAAAAGACCCUGAGAAGGAGCCUCCGAAAGUUUCCAGUGAGCCGUCCCUUAAGGGCAGAACACCUUUGGUGAAGGUAGAAGAGGCCACAGUUGAAGAGGCGACAGCAGUCGAAGCAGAGGCUGCCCCCGCUGCUCCGGCGGCAGCCGCAGCCCCAGCUCUGGCCCCAGCCUCCGCCCCAGCCCCGACACCAGCCCCGCCGUCCACUCUGACUGCCGGUGCCUCUCCGAAAACCUCUGCGGGGACCACCGACCCAGAAGAGGCCACGAGGCUGCUGGCUGAGAAGAGGCGGCUGGCCCGAGAGCAGAGAGAGAAGGAGGAGAGAGAGAAGAGGGAGAAGGAAGAGCGCGAAAGACAAAAGCGAGAAGAACUGGCCCAGAAGGUAGCUGAAGAGAGGAGCCGCCGAGAGGAGGAGGCCCGCCAGCUGGAAGCUGAGCUAGCCCGGGAGCGGGAAGAGCAGCUGCGGCGGCAGGAGGAGGAGCGGGCCCGGCGCGAGCGGGAGGAGAUGGAGCGCAUCCGGAAACAGAAGGAAGAAGAAGCUCGUGUUCGGGAAGAAGCAGAGAGGGUCCGGCAGGAGCGGGAGAAGCAUUUCCAGAGAGAAGAGCAAGAGCGCCUGGAGAGGAAGAAGCGACUUGAGGAGAUUAUGAAAAGAACCAGAAGAACAGAAGCUUCAGAUAAGAAAACUGUUGAUCAGAGAAAUGGAGAUAUAACCAAGGGAACUCCCUCUGGAGAAACAGCAGUAUCUACACUUCCAAAUAUGACAGACUCUCCAGGAUCGGAGGAGCUAGAGGCCAGCACCCAUGUGGUUACCUCUCAACAAUCAAAAGUGACUGUGGACAGUACUCCCAGUUUGGAAAAACAACCAAGUGAAAAUGGAAUAUCAGUUCAGAAUGAAAAUUUUGAAGAAAUUAUAAACUUACCCAUUGGAUCUAAACCAUCCAGACUAGAUGUCACCAACAGUGAGAAUCCAGAUAUUCCUUUGAAUCCAAUUUUGGCCUUUGACGAUGAAGGGACACUCGGGCCCCUGCCUCAGGUAGACGGUGUUCAGACACAACAGACAGCAGAAGUUAUAUGAGCAUUUCUUCUGAAGAACCAAAGCAGAAAUUUAAAAAGAAUUUCUACAGUUAAUGGAAUUCCUUCCAUGCUACAAAGGAGCAUCUUCCCUUCCUCCAGUUUUCUAAAGAUUUCUUGACCAUCAUUUUGAAAAGAUUUUAUUAAAACUAGCUAAAGACAACAGACUGGAAAGCUUUUCUAAUAAUUUUCGCCAGUAGAGAAAAAAAAAAAAACUCCUUGUUCUUCAGUACUUUAAAAUGUCUUUUUCCAGUGUGCUCCUUCUUAGGAAAUCAAUAUUUUUCUGCAUUCUUUAAAAGAUGAGACCAUUUGGCUAUCAAAAAUGGGCUGAGUAGGCAUGAUUUUUCACAUAGAUAUUUUGGUCUUUAAAUGCUAACAUGUAAAAUUGACACAAAUUUUUACCUUUUACAAUAUAAUACUUGAAAAUAUAAGUACCUCUUGGUUCCACAGGUAGAGUCAGUAGGAGAGGUGUUUAAAUUAAGCCUGUUGUUUAAAUAUUAUUGCAAAGAGCUCUAUUUGUAGAGGCAGAUUACCAGGUUCCUGUAAAUGCAACUUGUACAUGGACAUUCUGCAAACCCCGCUGUCCCAUUCUUCUUGCAUCUUUUUGCUAAAGCGUACUCGAGUUUUAAAAUGUGAAAAAAUUAUUUUUUCUAGAGCAAGAAAAUAAUUUACUGUCCUCUUAAAUAAUGUAUUUAUAAAGUUUUUCAGAGAAACUAAUCAAAUAAAUUAGAACAAUGUGAUAACAUUGCAGAUU